AUGGCGGCCCCCGUCCUCCCGUUAACGCAGGUCAAGCUGCCCGAGCUGCCCGCAUCACAAUUAAGCCCCGAGCAGCUCCACUGGAAGACCUUCAAAAAUCCUCUCCUCAUUCCAUCACCAGCAAACGGCCCUGUCAACUUCAUCACACAACCAUCUGCGCCCUCUUCCGCCUCUGCCUUCCCCUCGCUCACACAGCCCCCCGAUGUCUUCACCGUCACAACGGGCGCCCGCGUGCAGAUUUACUCUAUUCGCACACGAAAACUGCUCCGAACGAUCACUCGGUUCGAUGACACUGCGCGCGGCACAGACGUUCGUCCUGAUGGCAGGAUUCUAGUAGCGGGUGAUGAUACCGGUACAUUACAGGUGUUCGAUGUUGGUUCGCGAGCGAUUUUGAAGACGUGGAAGGACCACAAGCAGCCGGUUUGGGUAGCCAAGUUCUCGCCUAGCGAUCCGACGUGUGUUCUGUCCGCAAGCGAUGACCGGACUGUGCGGUUGUGGGAUCUGCCCAGUGAGAACAGUAUCAAAUCAUUCGUGGGUCACUCCGACUAUGUGCGUACUGCGGCGUUCAUGCCGGGUUCGCUGGCUUCGUCUGGCUCGUUAGUGUCUGGUAGUUACGAUCGAACAGUGCGGUUGUGGGAUCCCCGUAUGGAGGGCCGGUCUGCCAUGACUUUCAAGAUGGGCGCGCCGCUGGAAACUGUUCUCCCCAUGCCGACGGGCACGACAGUGCUGGCCGCGGCGGACAACAAGAUCGCGGUGUUGGAUAUCGUGGCUGGAAAGCCACUGCAUAUGAUUCAGAGCCAUCAAAAGACAGUCACAUCACUCUCCUUAGCAUCGGACGGAACGCGGUUACUCAGCGGUGCUCUCGAUGGCCACCUUAAGAUUCACGAAACAACUGGCUGGAAUGUCGUGGCUGGCUUCAAAUACCAGUCGCCCAUCCUCUCCCUCUGCGCAAUCACCUCCGGCGCUGCACGCGAAGACAAGCAUAUUGCCGUUGGUAUGCAGUCUGGACUGCUGUCAAUCAAGACCCGUCUCUCUGGUCAGCAGAAGGCGCGCGAGCGCGAGCGCAAGAAGGAAAUGGAGGCCCUUCUUGAGGGAAAGAUUGAAGAGUACGACAAGAAGAAGAACAAGAAUAAGAGGCGCCAAGGCUCCGCGUGGGAACGACGAUGGCGAGGUCUGGAUUUUGUCGGUGAAGGAGUGGACAUCAUCAUCGACGGUAAUGAGGCAAAGAAGCGCAAGAAGGAGAAGGGGUGGGAACUUGAUCUGCGCAAAGGCCGCUACGCUACUGCUCUCGACCAGGUCCUUGGCUCGGCCGACAGGAUCGCGCAGCUUACCCUUUUCUCAGAGCUGCGGCACCGCUCUGCGCUUCGUGCGGCCCUGCGGGGUCGUGAUGAGGUCACGCUUCAGCCCGUGCUGCAGUGGGUGUACAAGAACAUCACGGAGCCGAGACUGGUUGGACUGAGUGUGGAGGUAGCAAUGAAUGUGUUGGAUAUCUACUCUGCGAACCUGGGGCAGUCGGAACAGAUCGACAAAAUGGUAGAGCGGCUGCAUUGGCGGGUGAGGGAUGAAGUGGACUUUGCGCAUCAGGCGUUCGAGACGAAGGGGAUGUUGGAUAUGCUGCGUGCUUAA